AUGUUUGUGGUGACACCGAACUUGGGAGUCUUGCAGGAAGGAAGCAGAGCGGAUCAGGGUCGCGUCGGUCUGCCGGGCGUGGUUCCAUCAUUUGCUGUCCGGAAGGCAGUGGCUGCUCUGCCGCUAGAUGCCGCCGCUGCUGGUCGAUGGACACCAGACAUGUCAUGCUGCUCAAAUUACGAGGACGAAGACGUCAUCAUCAGCAUCCCCAUGUCGUUUCUCCAUUACUCGCAAAGCGAAGCAACGUCACCUGACGACGACAACGGCAACUACGACCAGCAUCAGGUCGACCCAGUUCCACCCAUCCGCCGAAUUGUCCCUUCAAUGAAACGCAGCUGCAGGAAGAUCACUAGUCCACUAGCCAGUCGAACGUGGUUCGUGGCCGGUGUGGUUUUGAGUGCCCUGGUGUCCUGCUGCCUGGGCCAGCUGACGGCCCCACCCAACUACUCAGUCUACAAAAUGCCGGACACGGCGUUCGAUUGUCGCAACAAAAUCGUCGGCGGCUACUAUGCCGACGCCCAGGCUCACUGCCAAAUGUUUCACGUGUGUGUCCAAGUUGGGCCCACUGAGGUUCGAGAUUUUAGGUUUCUUUGCCCAAACGACACGGUGUUCGACCAAAAGAACUUCAUUUGCGCCAAUUGGUGGGAAGUUGACUGCGGAACGACGCCUUCGUCAGACAAAAAACCCGUCGCCAUCACGACGUCAUCUUCCUCAAUAUCCCCGUCGUCGACGACGAUGGCGUCAAUAGAGCCCUCGUACAGUGGAUCAGGUGAAGGCCCGACCCCGUCACCCAGCAACCCUGACCCCGGGUUCGACGUCAAGCAGCAGCAGCAGCAAAAACAACAACAACAACAACAACAACAACAGCUGCAGCAAUUGUCUUCUUCGACUGCCAAACCGAACCCAGAGUACGACUACUUUUACUACGAAGAAGUGCCGCAGGAUUACGAGUACGAGUACGUGGAUGAGAAUGGAAAUGUGUCUAAAUAUGGCUUUUUUGUGUCGACGCCGAGUCCGUCCCCGGCUGUGAUCCGCCCCAACCUGCGCCCGACUCUGUCCGGCAAGGGCGACGUGGGCAACCGAGUGCCACAUUCGCAAUCACCUCCGGCGCCACGGCGCCACCCUCCGUCCGCUCCGCCGCCAUCCCGGUCGGAAAGCGUCCAAGAGUUCAUCUCCACCAAAGUGCAGCAACCGAGCAAAGAGUCCGUCGCUUUCGUCUCUUCCGGCAAACUGUCCAACAGUGACUCCAACUUUUUCUCCGUCCGCGAACAUUCGACUCGGGAACGGACUCGUUCGUCUCGACCGUCGUCGUCGUCGUCGUCGUCGACACCGUUUGACGACGUGGCAUUGGGUGAUGAUUCGAGCGUCGUGUCGGCGGCCACGCGGAAAUCCCUCGCUGGUUCCGGCGGCGGCGGCGGCGGAGGUGACAAAGACUCGGGUCGAUACCAAAACAAACUGCCCAAAGUGCAUACUUACUCGGAAGUGAAUCGACCCAAGUCGUCUUACUUCGUGUCCACGCAGUUGAGUGGACAAGAGCACCACCACCACCAUCUGGGCCGAGGGCGCCACUCGCGACAGCAGGAGUUAUUUGGCAGCGAGCAUCAAGGCGACGGCGCCGAUGCUGUGGAGCCCAGCAGUGAGGGUCAGUUGGGUGCCAGUGUUGGUGAUGGUGGUGCCCAGGAUUCGGGCCGGGGUUCAGACGGAGACGAGUACCCGACGACGGGCACGGAUUCCGAGAAAGUCAAGAGCGAGGUGAAGGAUGCCUACCACCACUUGGUGCACCACCGAGAUGGUGACCAGGGCUUCAGGUAUCAUUUCCAACAAACCCCGCCGAAAAGAAGCGGUAAUGAAGAAGCCGACCUGCUCGGGCGUUCUUCGGAAGUCGGGGACGCCCAAGUGGAGCAGUUCAGUGCGAAAUCCGGGCUCUUGCUGCGAGAUGAUCUCCUCCCGGGCGCCGAAACGGCGGCGGAGCUCCGCCAGGCCGUGUCGGUGUCCAAGUCGGAAACCCAGGGCCCAGCCGUAGUCAACAAGUCGCCGGACGCCGCCGCUACGCGUCACACCCGCGAGAAGCCGUUCGUCGGCGGCGGAGGUGUAGAGCGACACCUAUCCGCAGCAGCAGCACACACCCGCGAGAAGCCGUUCGUCGGCGGCGGAGGUGUAGAGCGACACCUAUCCGGUUUAAGCGUGAUUGUGUCGCGAUCGUCUUCCACGGACGGCGGCAGAGUUCAUUCGUCGCAGCAGCAGCAGCAGCGGGUCAGUCGCAGCAAUCAGGCGACUGUCGCACGUUCGGAUGCGAAAACGACAGUCACUUUUACUUCCUCGCUCACUGAGACUAGCAGUCCUGAAGCCACUACCACUGCUUCUAUCCGGAUAGAGAAUAAGUCUACUGAGGACUGGAAGUUGGUGAAAGAUGGCGAUUUCGGCGCCAAGACGAUCGUCAGUGUUCGUAAGUCGCAAUCGCAGUCGAGUCGCGGUCCCGGGAUUAGAACUAUUGCCUCGUAA